GUCCGACUUGAAAAGCAAGGACCAGCCGCGACAGGCAAGCAAUGUCGGGUCCACUGCAUGUUCCUCGGUGGACUGGUCGAAUCAAGUCGUACCAGCCUGGAAAUGGGUAUGGUUUUAUCGAGUGCAGUGAGGCUUAUCAUCAGUUUGGUCGCGAUGUGUACUUGAGUGGGCAAGAGCUCCAAAAGCUAGACAUCAUGACCAUACCAGUUGGUACAGAGGUCCUUUUUGACAUAGAGCUGCGUGGGGGCCGCCCUCGGGCGAGAAAUCUCUCAGGUCUCAGGGAGCAAGCGAGUGCGGAGUGUCUUCCCGAACGUACCUUGAAGCAAUGCGAAUAUCGCCUCGACCAGUACGCGAAUGCAUUGCGAGAGCUCUCCCAUUGUUUGCACCUGUAUGGCCUGGACCGUCGCUCGUACAAUGCACUGAAGCAAGCUGAAGGCAUGCUGCGAUGCCAGGAGUGCCGGCGAGAUGAACACGAGGGCUGCAAGGUUCUCCGAUUGAUCUCCGAAGCUGCAGAGAAAUGGACAGAUGCGAGCCAUCCGUGCCAUCAAUCCCUCCGUGAAGGUUUGCUGCAACGAUGUUCGCCCCCGCCUUGUGAGCCUAUCCAGAUGUCGAUUGAUCGAAUUCGCUUCACGCAAGAGAUGCACAGCAAGAGGUUCCUAAAUGGGCCUCACGCCGGGCAACGAAUCGAGUGGCUCACCGAUCAACUGCUGUCAGGAGCGAUCUCCUUCAGCGACCCUUCGGUGGUUUUGAACGUGGUCUACUUCCAUGGCGCGUACCGCUCCUUAAAUAAUCGUCACCUCACCGCCAUUGUCCAGUAUGCCAGCAGGAUGGCAAGACGCAAUGAGCUGCCCAAGAAAUGUUGUGUGCGGGUUUGGCCGUUACUGAGAGGCCUGCGGAUGGACGAUGGUUCGGAGCAGGAUGUGAUCCGGAAGUUUCUGCGUGCCAAUGACACUUCCAGUGAUGGUACCAGCAUUGAGUGCAAGCGACGCUUCGGACAGGUCACGGUCGUGAAUCAAGAGGUACAGAUCCAUGUGUCCAACUUGGACCGUUCAGUUCAAGAGGCCCAGCUACAGGAGCAUCUCCUAGCUGCUGGCGUUUCGUGGCCCUUCCAAGUGAAGAUUGCACGACGGCCCAAUGGCCAGUCCAACUGCUAUGGGUGGAUCACUACUACUGAUCCCGACCAGGCAGAGGAGCUUUUGCAGAUGUCGCUGCCGCCGCUGAGAGGCCGUGAGUUGCGGAUGCGCUUGGACAAUGUUUCGGCCAUCAAACAGCCGAGUGACCCAGGAAAAGGAUGGCUGCGCUGCCAAGCUUGCCGGGAAACCUGUGAACCCUUGGUCGAUGUCCUUCUGGUGGAAGGCAUCCGACACCGAAGGGACCAUGUUUCGCCGGGGCGGUUUGAUGAAGCACCCACCUUUUUUUGUGUCGGUCGAGAGGCUUCCCUUCUGAACUGCGAGGUGAUUUCUCCACACCCGGACGCUGCGGGCACGUCUUUCAAGCUGUCCCAGGUGCUGUGCAAGACCUGUGGUGAGGACCUGGGCAACGUUCAGAAGGGCUCACUCAUGCAAGGGGAAGUGAUGGAGCUUCUGGGUGAACGCGUCGUCCAUUUCAAGUGUGCAUCAGUUCUUUUGGAGUUGCCAGAUCGUCAAGACCUGCUUCUGGAUGUGCGCAAGUGGCAGUACUUGGCACAAGCGACAGGGAGGGAUUCCAUCUACCGGCUGAGCCAGCUUACCAUGUCCGAGGCCGCAGAAGUUCUAGGUUUGAAUCUCAACUCCAAAGCAUCUCAUAGGAAUAGCAAGAAUCAUGCACGUGUUAUUCCCAGGGAGCGGCCGUCCGUGGUGGCCGGCGCCAGUAGCGCCGAAAGCGGCGGUCCGACCAAGUCAGGUUAUCCAACUGGGCAGGAAUAGGAAAACAGAGCUGGGCAGCGUGGUCCUAUUGACGGAAGGCAUCUUCAAAGAAUUGGCAU